AGCUCUCCAGUACAAACAGGAAACUCCAGGAGGGAAAGGCGGACUAUCUCCAGCUGCAACAUGUCUCUCGACUUUAGCAAGAUGGAUCUGUCUUCCCGGCCAAAGUUGUUUGAUUUCCAUGGAGUCGCAAUGAUUCCUAUUUUCACAACAAACUGGGAAAAUGUCCAAAAUUUUCAGGCCAGACCAGAUGACAUACUAAUAGCGACAUAUCCAAAAGCAGGGACCACAUGGGUCUCCCAAAUGCUUGACUUGCUGUAUUUUGGCAAGACGUCUCCGGAGCGUCUGACUUCACUACCUAUCUAUGAGAGAGUUCCUUUUUUGGAGAUGACCAUCCCAAACUUGGUAUCAGGAAAAGACCAGGCAGAUAAGCUUCCUACCACCCCUCGACUCAUCAAAACCCAUUUUCCAGUGCAAUUUGUGCCAAAGUCAUUUUGGGAGCAGAACUGCCGGUUGAUCUAUGUAGCCCGCAAUGCAAAAGACAACAUGGUGUCUUAUUACCACUUCGACUGCAUGAACAAUGUCCAACCUGCACCUGGAGACUGGAACAGCUUUUUCCAAAGAUUUAUGGAGGGAGACAUGGUGUUUGGCUCCUGGUAUGACCAUGUGAACGGUUGGUGGAAGAAAAAGCAAACCCAUUCAAACAUCCACUACAUGUUCUAUGAAGACAUGAUUGAGGACACUGGACGGGAAAUAGAGAAACUUUGCUCCUUUAUUGGUUUGUCUCCCUCUGCUGAGGAGAAGGAAAUGAUCAAAACUGGAGUGCAGUUUGACAACAUGAAAAAGAACAAGAUGGCCAACUAUUCCACACUGCCAGUCAUGGAUUUCAAGGUGUCUCCCUUCAUGAGAAAAGGAAAAGUUGGUGACUGGAAGAAUUACUUCACUGUGGCACAGAACGAAGAGUUUGAUGAAGACUACAAGAGAAAGAUGAAGGACUCUUCCCUGCAUUUCCGCUGUGAACUCUGAAGAAAACAUCACUGCAAUGAAAAACAAGACUUUUAUUAUCAAAGAGGAGUAGUAAUAUAACUUAGAAGUGUAGAGAAACAAAUAGUCAUGAGCCUAUUUUGUACUAAUUUUAAACAAUAUGCAAAUUCUUUUGUAAUAUUUAAAUAUCAACCAUCACAUUUAAUUGUGUUAGAUUUUAGAAUGAAGAGAAAUCUUAUCUUUUCUAAAGAGAUGAUGGCUAAAAAAAAUUUUCUAUGUUAUGUUAAUAUUUGAAAUGAACUUUAAACAGAUCCUAUAACAAUCACUGGGACUCUCAAUAUCAUACUGUUCAGGAAAUUAUGUACAAUAAUUCCAUCAAAAAAAGUGAUGAAACUUGUAGUUCUUAUUAAGUCUGUUUUUCAAAAUAUUACUUGACUCUUGAUCAUUUUACCUAAGAGCCACUUCUGGCUUGGGAGCCACAAGUUGAAGACCCUCUGAUCUGAAUAUGAAAUUAAAAAUAUGAAAUUAAAAAUAUCUUCAAUGGUCAGUUCUUCCUAUCACAUCACAGUACCCUAGGUUACCGCUUGGUAAAUGGAUGUGUGGGGUCUGUGAGUGUAAAUGGAUGAACUUGGCUGCAGUGGGAA